GUCAUGGCCGAGUAUCACCUCCGAGUUGGGAGGCUGGGGAGCACCAGAGCCAGGGGGUGGGAGGUGAGUGGAGGCCUGGGGAGCCCUGUUGUCUGUGGGCUCAGCUGUCCCCAUCAUGGCAGGGCAGUGUGACCUUCAAGGAUGUGUUCGUGUACUUCUCCCGGGAGGAGUGGGAGCUGCUGGAGGAACCUCAGAGACUCCUGUACCGCAGUGUGAUGCUGGAGAACUUCGCACACGUGGCUGCCUUGGGUUGUUGGUGUGAAGCAGACAAUGAGGAGGCCCCUUCCGAGCAGAGUGUUUGUGUAGAAGGAGUGUCAGAGGUCAGGACUCCUGAGUCCUGUUCACUUAUCCAGAAAGUCCAUCCGUGUGAGAGAAGUGACCCGCUCUUGAAAGACAUUUUCCAGCUGGCUGAACAUCAGGGUUCAUGCCCUGCACAGAACCUGGACACACAUGACCCCUGUGGGCGAGGAUUCCUGUUGAGUGAGAACUUUCAUCAGCACCAGAAACCACGUAGUGGGAACAAUCCCAUCCAAGGGGAUGGUGAUGAGGCCUCAUGUGUGAAGAGCUGUGCCACCUACGAGUUAGGGAGACCUUUUACUUGCAGGGGGAAAGGGAUGGACGUGCUGGAUAGCUCUAGCCUUUUCCAGCAUCAGAGCACUCACAGUGGACUGAGUCCAUGCAGAACAGCUGAGUUUGUGGAAUCAUUUGCACACAAGUCCAGUUUCAGGCGACACCAGGGAGACAGUGAUGAACUGAUGUUUUUCAAUUGCACUGAUGAUGAGAAAGCCUUCAUGAACGCCUUCACUCUCCUCGACAACCAGAUAACUCAGGCGGUUGAAGUGCGAUCCUUUAGGUGCCUACCUUGUGGAAAUUUGUCCAAGGAGAAAUCCACUCUUAUUCGUCACAGAAAACUUCAUGGUGGGGAAACAUCACAUGUGUGUACGGAGUGUGGCAAGGCCUUCAUUCACUUGUCUCACCUAAAAACUCACCAGAAAUUUCACACUGGCAAAAGACAAUAUACAUGCAGUGAAUGUGGAAAGGCCUUUAGCCGCAAAGACACACUUGUGCAGCACCAGAGAGUUCACACUGGAGAAAGGUCCUAUGACUGCACUGAAUGUGGAAAAGCCUACAGCAGAAGUUCUCACCUCGUUCAGCACCAGAGAAUUCACACUGGAGAAAGGCCUUAUAAGUGCAGUGAAUGUGGGAAGGCCUUCAGUCGUAAAGACACACUUGUGCAGCACCAGAGAUUUCACACAGGGGAGAGGCCUUAUGAGUGCAGUGAAUGUGGAAAAUUCUUUAGCCAAAGUUCUCACCUUAUUGAACACUGGAGAAUUCACACUGGGGCGAGGCCUUAUGAGUGCAUUGAAUGUGGAAAAUUCUUUAGCCAUAACUCCAGCCUCAUUAAACAUAGGAGAGUCCACACAGGAGCAAAGUCUUAUGUGUGCGGCAAAUGCGGGAAGGCUUUUGGCUGCAAAGACACACUUGUUCAGCACCAGAUAAUUCACACUGGAGCACGGCCUUAUGAGUGCAGUGAGUGUGGGAAGGCCUUUAGCCGUAAAGAUACGCUUGUGCAGCACCGGAAAAUCCACACUGGAGAAAGGCCUUAUGAGUGCAGUGACUGUGGAAAAUUCUUUAGCCAUAGCUCCAACCUGAUUGUGCACCAGAGAAUUCACACUGGAGCGAAGCCUUAUGAAUGCAGUGAAUGUGGGAAAUGCUUUAGCCACAAUUCCAGCCUCAUUCUACACCAGAGAGUUCACAGUGGAGCAAGGCCUUAUGUGUGUAGUGAAUGCGGAAAAGCGUACAUCAGUAGCUCCCACCUUGUUCAACACAAGAAAGUUCACACUGGAGCGAGACCUUAUGAGUGCAGUGAAUGCGGGAAAUUCUUUAGCCGCAACUCUAGCCUCAUUCUACACCAGAGAGUUCACACUGGAGAAAAGCCUUACGUGUGCAGUGAAUGUGGGAAGGCCUACAGCAGAAGCUCCCAUCUUGAGGGCCACCGGAGAGUCCACACUGGAGAAAGGCCUUAUAAGUGCAGGGAAUGUGGGAAAGCUUUUAGCAACAAACCCACACUUGUUCGGCACCAGCGAAUUCACACUGGAGAAAAGCCUUAUGAGUGUAGUGAAUGUGGGAAAUUCUUUAGCCAAAGCUCCAGCCUGAGUGAACAUCAGAGAAUUCACACUGGGUCACGGCCUUAUAAAUGCAAUGAAUGUGGAAAAUUCUUUACAUCGAACUCCAAUUUAAUUAAACACAGGCGGGUUCACACAGGCACAAGGCCUUAUGAGUGCAGUGAAUGUGGGAAAUUUUUUAACCAAAGUCCCAGCCUCAUUAAGCAUCAGAGGAUCCACACUGGUGAAAGGCCAUAUGAAUGUAGUGAAUGUGGAAAAGUUUUUAGCCAAAGCUCUACUCUCAUCAAGCACCAGAGAGUUCACACUGGAGCAAGGCCUUAUAAAUGCAUUGAAUGUGGAAAACUUUUUAGCCAAAGCUUUGGCCUCACUCAACACCAGAGAAUUCAUACUGGAGAAAGAUCAUACAAGUGCACUGAAUGUGAAGAAUUCUUUAGCCAAAGCACCCAGCUUACUCAACACCGAAAAAUUCACACCAGAGCAGGGCCUCUCAAGUGCAGCAAAUGUGGAAAAGUCUUUAGUCAAAGGUCUACUCUGAUUGAGCACCAGAAACAUCACAGCCCAGAUAGACCCUAUGAGUGCAGUGAGUGUAAGAAAGCUUUCAGCCGAAGGUCUAACCUUCUUCGUCACCAGAAAGUUCAUACUGGACAAAGACCUUCUAAUAAGAUGAGCAGAGAAGCAAAUAAUGCACUGUCUCCUUAGCUAACACAUCUUACCGAACAGGCUCUGUGAGGGACUCAUCAGCUGGAAGUUGAAUGCCACCACCUGCACAGCCCUAGUGUGGAGAUUACCUGUGGGUGCCCGGUUCAUUGGAAGCUUUUAAGAAGCUAUGCUGUACUUUCUAAUGUGCCCGUGUCCCUUUCCAGACUUAUGUCACUGUGAGUUUCUGUGGUAAAAAUCAUCUUCUACCAACUGGUGGUCACUUCAGUGUGAUCAGAGUUGGUAGACUUUUGUGCUCCUGCUUCUAUGGAGGAAAGCUUAAGUAGCCUGAGCACUUGGAUGUUAUUCUCUUAUUUCUAACUGACUAGAACAUUGGCUUAGCCAUCUUUGACCAAGGUGACCCAGUCUGCCUUCUGCUGGUGGCUUUGUUUCAUGUCAUGCUCAGAAUGGGUUUUUCCAGCUGUGUGUCACCUGUUUGGGAACUCUGUAUUCCUCAGUGAGGACAGUAUCAUGGCAGAGAGUAGUUUUCAUUGCAGUUUUGGUCUAAUUUGCAUUGUUGUCCAAGGCCUCCUGGGGUAGACUACAGGGCUUUGUUGUGACCUGAAUGUCAUAAUUUUUGUUUGCAGAGGUCACCCUGAGAUGAGGGCAGCCGUGAGAACCACCAGUGAUUUUUAGAACAGCAUGAAUGUUCUCUUUUCACACGGGAUGUCACAUAAUCCCCCCAGUACUGUUCAAGGGAAGGAGUUCUCUAGGUCCAGCUGGAACAGAGCCACGUACCACAAUGUCCACAACAUGGCAGGCUGGCGUUGUGUUAGAUUACAGACACUGAGCAGGAACCAUACUUGGUACAGAAGACACUUGGGGAAUUAAUAGGUCCUGAGAGACUAGCAAAGAAGAAGGAAUGGGCCUUUUCUAAAGUUUCAUCCACAAUGUAACUAGUUGUUUAGGAGAUUUUUAAAAGAAAUUCUCUGGAUCUACAGAGUUACUUCGUCCUGAGCCUCCAGUCAGAGUCAGACUGAAUAAUGUAAAGGUUUUAGGAUCCUCAUAGCAUCUGCAGAUUGUUUUAUCUCAAGGCCAUUGCUGCACAGUUGUGGAGGGAAAAAAGAGGGAGAGUAGAAUCCUGUAGUCCAGGUGUGUAAUUUUUUUUAGGACCCAGGCAGAGUUCCUGGAGAACUUAAGUGGAAACACCUUCCAUUGCUCAUCUGCGUUCAUUUCUACUGGGACUCAACCCCUUGCAUGAGGCAUGGAGAGGUGAUACAGUUAAUGUGUUGGUUUCCAGAAUUCUACUUUUCUAAAAAGGACAUUUGGAUUUUUAUGUGAAGCCAAUUUUUAUUUAAACUUAAUUGAGCUGUAUAGUUGAUAUGAAGUGGAUUGAAUAGACUUAAAAUGUAUAGCUUGGUAACUUUUACCAUGUGUAAAAUCACAGAACCACCAUAAUAACAAACAUCCAUUACUCCCACAUCUACCUUCUGAAAUCUCCCUGGGAUCCCAGGCAACUGGGAUUUAAUUUCUUUAUUUCACAUUCUAUUAGUUAAUGUUUUCUAGAACUUUAAUGUCAUUGGAAUGUUAAUGUGUUUACUCUUGUAUAUGCCUUUUUCUUUCAUGUUACAUAAUUAUCUUGAGAAUUAUCCACAUUGCAGAUAUGAGUGGUUGUGUUUUUGUUUGUCUUUGCCAUGCCACAAGGUUUUGGGAUCUUAGUUCCCCAAGCAGGGAUUGAACCCAGGCCCUCAGUGGUGAAAGCACAGAGACCACAGGGGAAUUACCUGAUGGUUAAUUUUUUUAAUUCCUGAAAAAUACAUUGUUUGGAUACACUACCUGUUGACUGUUUAUCCAUUUAUCUGUUAAUGGAUGAAUGGGAUUUUGUCUUUGUUUACAGCUUGGCUGUCACAGAAAGUUUACUGUGAACAUGUACAUAAAUGUUCUUAAGUGAAUAUAUGGUUUCAUAUUCUAAAGUGAAUGACCACCCUUUUGCAUUCCCCAUCAACAGUACUGGGAGCAUUCCAACUCCCCUGUAUUCCUCCCCUGUACUUGUUUGGUAUGGUCAGCAUAUUAAAUAUCACCUCUGUUUUCAAAGUGUGCACUUACCUCACCAUUGCCUGAUGGUCUGUCUGGUUGAACAUUUUUAAUGUGUUCACUUGCCAAAUGCAUAUCUUUUGAUAAAAUGUUCAGAAUAGUUAUUUACCAUUUGGUACUGAAUUUUGGCUGAUAUUUCCUUUUUUAUGAAUAACUAAGAAGACAAUAAAAGAAAUGUGUUAGAACUUGACUUUUCUUCAGUUCAGCUUGGCUGGGUGGAAUGAAUGUUUGUGGUAUUCCCCAUAUGUAAUCCUCAUUAUUAACUCAUUCUGUACUACUUUCUAAAGUCUCAAAAAUUUAUAAAACAGCAAAUCGACCCUGGUUGUAGUGUUGCCAUUUUCCCUGGUACAAAUACUCCAAACUAUGGCAAUUUCAAGCUGUGAAUGAGGUUGUUACCAAACCAGGUAACAUUUCCAGAGGUGCACAAGCCAGCAACUGAGACACCAGGACUUAAGCAAGGGCGCAACUGGAACCUGCCAACAUGGUUCCUCUUGGAGUCCUUCACAUUAUGCCAUCUUCCUUUGCUACUCUUUAUCUGUAUCCUUUUCACUGUAAUAAACUGUAGCCACUGAGA